AUGAGGAAUGCCUGCCUGAGCGAUUGCAAAUAUGCAGGCUUUGGAUAUGCAUUGGAUGGUCUAGGACAGUGCUUCCCCAAAAGUACUCUCCUGAAUGGUUUUAGUAUGCCAAGUUCUAUCCAAAUCAUGCAUCUAAAAGUUCCAAGAGCCAUGGUGAUCUCUCAGGCGGAACAAAGGCUGGUAAAAACAAAUGACUUGAACUGCUCAAAUGCCGAAAUUGUACUCAAGAGAGACGGUGCUGAUGGAGAAAAUAACAACAUAAAUGACCCAUUUUCUAAUUGUUUUACACUUCAAUUGAGUCACAGCGUGCAUAGAGAGAGAACACACAGCGUCGAUGACACAGAGAGAGAACACACACAGAGAAAGAGGGGCAAACCUUUUCAGUUGAGCAAUGAUGAAGGCUUGAACGACGAGAACGACAAUGGUGGAGCAGUGAGCCCUCCUCUCCUCCUCGAGACUAGGCGAUCAGCGGCGGGUGAGUGA